UUCAUUAGAGACCUCCCCUCUUUCCCAAUCGGAUAACCUUGAUAUCAGUAGGCACAAACAAAGAUAAACCAGAACAAUCAAAUUAAAUAAAAAUGUUUGCUAACACUGUACGUUCGCUCCUUCCACGAAGAGCCCAAUCACAUUUCAAACGGAACCUUCACAAACCUUUCGUCAAAAUAGUCGAAGUAGGUCCAAGAGAUGGGCUACAAAACGAACCCACACACGUCCCAACUGACGUCAAAAUUGAAUUUAUUAAUAAAUUAUCCGAGACCGGCUUACAAAGCAUAGAAGUGACAAGUUUCGUGAGCCCAAAAUGGGUCCCCCAAAUGGGCGACAACACCGAAGUCUUCACAAAAAUAGCCAAGAAGCCGUCAAUAUCAUACCCAGUCCUUGUACCAAACGUUAAAGGCUUGGAAGCUGCCGUGUCAGUUGGGGCCAAAGAAAUCGCAGUGUUUGCCUCCGCUUCGGAAGGCUUCUCUCGCAAAAACACCAACUGUUCGACUCAGGAAGGAGUCAACAGGAUUAAAGAAAUCGUCGAGAAGACCAAAAGUCUUGACAGUACGCUCAGAAUCCGGGGUUACAUCUCGUGCGUGGUUGGGUGCCCGUAUGACGGUUACAUCCAGCCCAAAGCGGUUACCACAAUUUGCGAAUCGCUUUUGAGUUUGGGCUGCUAUGAGAUAUCGCUGGGCGACACCAUAGGAGUGGGGACGAGAUCAACGAUGGAGAAGAUGAUCAAAGAUUUGUUAAAAAUCACUUCAGCUGAUAAGCUCGCCAUCCACUGCCACGAUACCUACGGUCAAGCUCUGGUGAACAUUUGCACAGCGCUUGAUUUGGGCAUAAGAGUUGUUGACUCUUCGGUUUCGGGGCUUGGGGGCUGUCCGUACGCCGCGGGGGCGACAGGGAACGUGGCGAGUGAAGACUUGGUCUACAUGUUGCACGGAAUGGGGGCUGAGACCGGAGUGGACUUGAAAAAACUGAUCAGUGCGGGCCAUUUUAUUUCAGAGAAGAUUAAAAAACCAACAGCGUCAAGGGUUAAUAAAGCGAUGUACAAAAAAUAUUUCCAAUAAAAAAUUUCGCGCUUAA